AUGGACAGCAGCGUAAAAAGUUUUUUGUUCAUUGUUAUUUUGGUGAUCAUAUUGAUUUCUACAGAAAUACAAAAUGGACAUGCUCACCGUUGAAUAUAUUGUAAGAAAGUACGAAGCAAGACGGCUCCACCUGACACUUGUAAUAAAAAAAAUGCUGAUGCAUUGUGCAAAAACACUUGUUGGACAAGAGAAACUUAUAUCGAAGGAAAAUGUCUAAUACUUCCAAAGACUACAAAUAAAGCUUGCUACUGCUACCAUUUCGACGAUGGAUCAAAAUGCUCAGGAAGCUAA